AUGUUAUGGAACCACAGCUUUUAAAUAACCCUCCGGAACUCUGAAACCAACCAGACUGGAUGACGGACCCUUUCCGGUGAAGCACUCACUUAUUUCCGGUCUGCGUUUCAUAAACUCGGGACACCAAGAAGGAACGAUGCUGGCCCUGUCUAGAGCAGUGGCGUGUGGGGUUGCCCGCGCUCCAGCUGCUGUCAGCCAAUCUGGAGUUACAGCUAUCACUAGAUACAACAGCACUGCACAGAGUGCCCCUAAGAAAACUUCAUUUGGACCUCUUGCCGAUGAGGACAGGAUUUUCACAAAUCUGUAUGGGCGCCAUGACUGGAGGCUGAAGGGGGCACUGAAGCGUGGAGACUGGUACAAAACCAAGGAGAUCCUCCUGAAGGGUGUCGACUGGAUCCUUAAUGAGAUCAAGGGUUCUGGUCUGCGUGGGAGAGGUGGAGCUGGUUUUCCCACAGGCAUGAAGUGGAGCUUUAUGAACAAGCCCAGCGAUGGCAGGCCAAAGUAUCUGGUGGUGAAUGCAGAUGAAGGAGAGCCUGGCACCUGUAAGGACAGAGAGAUCAUGAGGAAUGAUCCACACAAGCUGGUGGAGGGCUGCCUGGUUGCUGGGAAGGCCAUGGGAGCGCGAGCUGCUUACAUCUACAUCAGAGGAGAGUUCUACAAUGAGUCGUCUAACCUGCAGGUGGCAAUCAAUGAAGCCUAUGCAGCUGGGCUGAUUGGAAGGAACGCCUGCGGCUCUGAUUAUGACUUUGAUGUGUUUGUGAUGCGUGGCGCUGGAGCAUACAUCUGCGGAGAAGAGACUGCUCUUAUUGAAUCCCUGGAGGGCAAACAGGGGAAGCCCCGGCUGAAGCCUCCAUUUCCUGCUGACGUGGGUGUUUUCGGUUGCCCAACAACUGUUGCCAAUGUGGAGACAGUAUCUGUGGCGCCCACCAUCUGUCGUCGUGGAGGCGCAUGGUUUUUGGGCUUUGGCAGAGAGAGGAAUUCUGGCACAAAGCUCUUCAACAUCUCUGGCCAUGUUAACCACCCUUGCACUGUGGAGGAAGAAAUGUCUGUUCCUCUGAAAGACCUCAUUGAGAGGCACGCAGGUGGCGUGCGCGGUGGGUGGGACAACCUGCUAGCAGUAAUCCCCGGUGGCUCCUCAACGCCCCUCAUUCCCAAGAAUGUGUGUGAAGACGUGUUGAUGGACUUUGACGGCCUCAUCCAGGCUCAGACUGGCCUGGGCACAGCUGCCCUCAUCGUCAUGGACAAAUCCACUGACAUUAUCAGAGCUAUUGCACGUCUGAUCGAGUUUUACAAACACGAGAGCUGCGGUCAGUGCACACCCUGCAGAGAGGGAGUGGACUGGAUGAAUAAUAUGAUGUGGCGUUUUGUGCGUGGUGAUGCUCGGCCAGCUGAGAUUGACAUGAUUUGGGAAAUCAGUAAGCAGAUUGAGGGACACACUAUCUGUGCUUUGGGUGACGGUGCAGCAUGGCCAGUGCAGGGAUUGAUCAGACACUUCAGGCCCAUAAUGGAGAGCCGUAUUUCUGAGUUCCAGCAGCAGAAGCAAGCCAGAGCGUAAAUGGUUCCUGUAACUCUCUAAACCCAUUCUUUUGCCUCAUAUGUUCUUAACCUUCCCCUUGUGUCACUGUCAAAAUAUUUAAAGCGAUAAUGUGCCGACUCAUCACCUCUUCAUCAAAUACACUUGUAUUGAUGUUUGCCUUGUCCUAUCACCAAUAAAGUUCUAGGAAUCUUAAGGAUGA